UUGUUUAGCAAAUAAAUAAUCUAGACUUUUUUAAAUAACCAAAGAUAUGUAAUAUAAUUUAUAUGUAAUUUAAGGAACAUCACAAAAUGUGGGCGAAUAUAAUUCAUGUGAAAAUUGUGAUAAUAUGCUUAGUGAUAUUAAUGUUGGUUUAUUGUGAUUGUAAUGUUAAAAAGGGCGCGAAAAUAAGAUUUAAGAAAAACGGUGAUAUAGAUAAGCGGAAGAAUACUUCAAUUAAAAAUAAAGCGAAUGACACCUUUAAAAAUGACGCAAGAGGAUUUUUUGGUGGUGGCCUCUUCUCCUUCAGCAAGGUGCUGAACUUCUUCCCGGUGGGCGGGGAGAGAGAGUGCCAGCCGACUGGUUUUAACAUUGCCAAAGCCGGCAUUUGUCUCAAUGCCUACGACUGCAGACAGCGCGACGGGCGAGCUGCCGGGGACUGCGCUCAUGGACUCGGAGUUUGCUGCGUUUUUGAGGUGACCUGCGGUGGGGUCGUCCAAAAUAACUUGACGUACUUCAUGUCCCCCGAGUUCCCUGAGCUGUGGAGCGGCGAUGAAGAUUGCAACAUCACUAUAGACAAGGCUUUCGCUGGCAUCAUGCAGCUGAGGAUUGAUUUCGUACAUUUCACUAUCGGUCAACCCAAUAGGACAACUGGGGAGUGCGACGAGGACGCUAUGAUAUUAGGGGACGGGGAAACGAAAUUUGUUUUGUGCGGACAGAAUCCCGGACAGCAUUUUUACUACACACUAUCCAGCAACAGCGAGAGAAGGGAAGCAGGGGACUUGGCUGGAAGUAAGUCUACGCAGCUAUCGAUGAGAAUGCGGGCGUUGGAUACUCCAAGGUUAUGGCUGAUGAGGCUCGCACAAAUGCCGCUAGCUAAUUCAGCUCCGCACGACUGUCUCCAAUACUACACUGAAAACAAUGGCACAAUAAAGACAUUUAACUACGCCAAGAACGGCCGCCACCUCGCCGACCACGAGUACCGCUCCUGCGUCAGGAGGAACUCCGGGUUCUGUUCCAUCAGAUACGCGCCUUGCAACGAGCACUCCUUCAGGAUAGGGCCCAGGGGGAACAGACCGGGACCAACGGAGCCUACGGCUACAGAACCCGAUGAAGUGAUGCCAGCAGAAGACAAUCAAAGCGAGGAAGAUGAUCUAGAAGGUUCUGGGAUGGAUCCGCAAAUAGAAGCAUCUCCUCCAGUGACAAGACCUAACACAUUGUCUAGGAUCUGGAGUUAUAUCUGGUCUUGGAUGUGGGGACAGACUGGCCGAGCCCACAUCCGCUGGUCUCCGUACACCCAGUACCUCAACGAAGAUGACAAAAUCCGUUAUUUCGGCUACGGUACCUUCGGGAUAGGUCUCAAAGGCUUCGGGAGGCAGAGGUGCGAAGACAGGAUCACUGUGCCCUGCGAGAAUGAGUAUUUCGUUUCGAGCAGCGCGUGGGGCGGCGGGGUGUGCGACCCGCACCACUGCGGCGGCUCGUUCUGCCCGGGGCUCCCGGCGGCGCGGUGCUGGGUGGAGACGUCCAGCACGCCGUUCGCGGUCUCCGUGCACCUCGGGCCGCCGACACCCAAACAGAGCCCCGAGGACAACAUCGGCGCCUGCCUCAGGUACGUCCAGCUGCCCUGCGACGCCUAGACCCAAGCGCCUAGACUUGGACGAAGAAACGUAGCUCGGAUACUUGUCUCGCAGCUCGAAAUAGAGGCGGGCCAUUUUAUUUCGACCCCAAAAAGGCGAUUGUGGUACAUGCAUACUUCGAGAUUGUGGCUUAACUUUGAAAAAUCACUGGAGUUUGGCUUCAAAGGAGCUCCAAUCUAUUAUUGGGACUUGCAGAUAUUCUCAACGCUUACAGAAAUUUGACAAUUUGGAGUCUUGUUAUUACGAAGUUUGGACGUAGAACAAGGGGACAGUCACGUGGAACAGAUCAGAACAGUAAGAGAAAUAUGGCUCGUGCAUUAUCUAAGACCACAUAAAUUGGACGUAGUUACAGAAGAAGCUUGUACCAAGCGUCGUAACGGUUGAUGAGAAAGAAGAAGAAUUAGUUAUCAAUGACUAUAUAUCAAAGAAUACUAUUCCGUCCUCAUUUCUUUUGUUUGUUAGAACUCACCUUCUCUUUUUGGGGAGCGACAGUUGUGGUCGUUUAAUCUUGAAAAUGAUCUUCAAAGAAGAACCAGCCACGUCCUAAA